CAGCAGCAACAAGGUCGACAAACAUGAUGUACACACUGGUGUCUAUAGCAGCUUUGCUUGCCACAUUGUACUAUUACUUCACCAGGACAUUUGAUUACUGGAAGAAAAGAAACGUCCUCGGACCCAAACCGCUACCGUUCUUCGGAAACCUCAAGGAUUCCUUCCUAAGAAAAACAUCAUUGAUAGUCGUCAACAAAAACAUCUACAAUGCCUAUCCUGAAGAAAAAGUCGUCGGAAUAUACAGAAUGACAUCACCGACUCUAAUGGUACGAGACUUGGACAUCAUGAAGCACAUCCUAGUUAAAGACUUCGAACAAUUCAUCGAUAGGGGAGUGGAAUUCAGUGACAAGGGUAUGGGAGCUAACUUGUUCCACGCCGACGGCGACAGGUGGCGUAUUCUGAAUGGACAUUUCACUCCAGUGUUCACGUCAGGGAAGCUCAAGAACAUGUUAUAUCUGAUAACAGAGCGAGCGGACAAAUUCAUCCAGUACGUCGAUGAAAUUACCCAGCAGCAACCGGAGCAGUCUAUGCAUCAGCUCUUCCAGAAGUACACAAUGUCGGUGAUCAGCGCCUGCGCCUUCGGGGUUGAUCUCGACGACAACAUAAGGAAUACAUUGGAAAAUAUGGAUAAACUUAUUUUUUCUACAAACUACAGCAUCGAUUUGGAUAUGAUGUAUCCCGGUAUACUGAAGAAAUUCAACGGCUCCAUCUUGCCCCGCUAUGUGACUUCGUUCUUCGAGAAACUCGUGGAACAAGUGAUAAAGCAGAGAGGUGGACGACCGACCGAUAGAAAAGAUUUUAUGGAUCUUAUUCUUGAAUUGAGACAGCAGAGGACAAUUGAAGGUCGGAAAAGAUUUGAAAAUGAAAAACAAGCGUCACUGGAACUGACCGACAGUAUAAUUGCUGCUCAAGCUUUCAUUUUCUACGGGGCUGGAUACGAGUCAAGCGCGUCCACUAUGGCCUUCCUGAUGUACGAGAUGGCAAAGAACCCGGACGUACAGGACAAGCUCAUCAAGCAUAUCGAUGAUGUCCUCAAACGAAACAAUGGCGAGGUGAGCUACGAGUGCCUAAACGAGAUGAAAUAUUUGCAUCAGGUGUUCGACGAGACAUUGAGGAAGUAUCCGUUGGUGGACCUGAUCCAGCGCGUCGCUCACACGGAGUACAAGGUGCCGGGCACCGACAUCACGCUGGAGAAAGGCAUGCCGGUGAUCGUCAGCGCGUGUGGCAUACACCACGACCCCAAGCACUACCCAGACCCGGAGAGAUUCGACCCGGACCGCUUCAGCGCGGAAAAUGUGCAGAAACGACAUCUCUGCGCUUAUGUACCGUUCGGAGUCGGCCCGAGGAACUGCAUCGGCAUGCGCUUCGCUAAAACACAAUCACGAGUUGCCAUGGCCAAAUUCUUUUCCAAGUUCCGUGUGGAGCCUUCGAAGAAGACGGCUGUGAAUUUUACAUACGACCCGACUCGUUUGUUCCUUUUGCCUCAAGAAGGAAUCUAUGUUAAUAUUGUGCGACGUUAACUAACAAACGACACUCUGAAAAUUUCCACUUUAAAUAUUGUUUUUGAAAUAGGGCACUUUUGUGGAUUGUGACACAUAAUUCAUUUUUAAUAAA